AUGGCUACAGGAGAAAUUUUUCAGCGGUACAUUGUCUUGUUUUUUGUAUUCCAGUUACUUAUACUACAGGGAUAUGCGGUUGAUAAAUACCGUAUCAACAUCCCUGUGUUUUUUGACACCGAUGGUAUUUAUCACGAAUCUGUCUUUAACACGGCAGUGAAAAUGUUCGAAUCCAGAAAUAGACAAGACAACAGUGACUCUUAUGCAGAUUUUGAGGUGAAGAUGCACUUUUCAAAAACUGACUUAACGAACCUCUCGUCGCGAGCGAAUGGCCUGGACAGUUUGAUCCCAAAGGUUUCAAACUUAACACUUUCAUCCCAUGGUGCGAUAUUAGUGGAUGUGACUGAAAGCAGCGUUGCUUUCUCCACGUAUUUGGAGAGCGUAUCAGUUCCAUCUAUUGGUUUGUUUCGGAGCCAAAACGGAUAUCCAGUUACGCAGGUAUGAAAAGUCUCCUUUAAAUGUCAUAUUGGUGUUUCUUGGUUUGCAAUCAUUGGUCUAUUAAUAGGCCAUGGUACAUCGGGAUCUUCAACUUAACACUUUGUCUGAAUUUAGUUUGAAUUUGAAAAAUUCUAGCUUCUCCUUUCAAUAUGCACCGGGUAUUUUAAGACCCCUUAAUACCCCUCUCCUUUAAUCAGAGAACAAUCUGCUCCAAUAUUUUGAGCAUCUUGACAGAAAAUUUAAUCGAUUUGGGUAUUUCCUCUUGUAAGGAAGGUGGAAAGCAGAUUGAACGAAACUGAUGUCCACGGCUCAAUAAGCUUGGACUUCAAAAACACACAGACAAGCAGAAAGAGUCAGUUUUUAUACUAGGUUGCCACGUAAUUAGUUCCGCCAUUUUAUUUGAAAUUCUGUAAUAUCAUACAAACUGACAGGGCCUCUUGCACUACUGAGUAAUAGACCUGGAAAAAUGUUAGUCAGAACAAUUUUUAAAGGUUUAGGGAGUUCGAACACAGAUACUACGUUUUUGUAGAUGAUCUGGCUUAAGGACGCAAGUAAUUAUCAUGUCACUGUUUAUAUCUUAUUUUUUAUAAUUUAUACAAAGAGAAACAGUCUUUAUGCACUGGGGAGGUUUUUUUGCCUAAAACAUGCUGGGUUUAAAUGUUUAUGUAUCGUCUUGCAUCUUAUGUAGCACAACUUGUCUUGUAUCGUUAUAAAACACACGUUUAAUCUGGUCAAAGUGCCCGGUACGUCAAACCUAAAUCCCACGUUGGCAUAACAAACAACACUCAGAAUCGUAUAUAAUAUCUUGUCUUGUGCUUUUCUGUGUGGAUUUUAUAUCGCUGCAGUUAAUGAGUUUCUGUUAUUGUUUGAAGUUAACGUCAUUUCAAGCUGAGAAAAUCUUGAUUGUCUUUAAACCGGUAACGUAUGUGUGUGUGUGUGUGUGUGUGUGUGUGUGUGUGUGUGUGUGUGUGUGUGUGUGUGUGUUUUUUUCAACUCGUUAUUUGCCUUUUUUUUGUGAAUAAAAAAGCAAAUAACAGGGAAAAACAUUGCGUCAAUUUUGUGUCGCGCAAUGUGCACGAAUAAACAAAUUGAUAAAAAGUAUAUCUAGAAUCACCUGGUGGCGUAUGGUUUUUAUCGCGAGAUAACGACAAGUUUUUUUCUAAAUUGAAUCAUUCAUAUUUUUUUUGCGCUAAUUACUGGUAUAUGUAUAAAAUGACCAGUCCGGGUUUUAAAAGAUCAGCGUUUUGCUUGCAACAAAAAGGAUCAUCUUGAUACGAGUCUAUCUUAAGAAUAAAAAAACACCUGAUUGUAGCAAGAAAAACAGUUUAGCGAAUGAAGACGCUGAUAAUUAAUUUGUCGGAAGUUAAAAUCGGUGCACUGAAUAAAUAUUUGGCAUUUUAAUUAGCGCAAAAAUGGCUCGUUCAUGUUAUAAUUUAUUACAGACAUCAGGUAUUGAAAGAAGAGCAGAUUUUCCAUUUUUUUUCUUUACUCCUGAAGGGUCCACUUUUAUCAUAUUUCUUAAAGAAUGAUUGUUAAAACGUCAAUUCAAUAAUUCAAUAAUUCUGUUUUAGGGUUAGGGUUAGUGUAGGUUAGGGUUAGGGUUAGGGUUAGGGUUAGUAUCAACCCUUACCCUAACCGUAAAACAGCAUUCUUUAAAAAACGGGUCGGCCCCGACCCCGCGUUUUACUGACACCUACGGGAAUCUCUGCUCGCUGGGUGUAUUUUAAUUACACUGUACUAUUUACGUUUUAUACAAAAGGAAAGCUCAUAUGCUUUGGGACUUACAAGAGUAGCUGCACCUUCUGUCAUUCAAUAUGCACAAACUAUGAUGGCGAUUUCAAAGAAAAUGGGAUGGCAUACAUUAAGCUUGGUGGCAUCUACGACGUACGAUGGUAAACAAUUUGUCGAUGCCGUGAAUGAGCUUUGUGUUCAGGAGAAAUGGAUUGUUAGAACGAUAUUCUGGAUCGAUGGAGAUGAAACGUUCGACGAAAUAUACAGAGGCAUCAAAAACGUUAUGGAUAGCAAACCCGGAGUUAUCAUUGGUCAUAUUCGCCAACGAUCAAACGAAGACAUAUUUCGCGCAAUUGAUAACCUAUGUGAUAUUUACAACAACAGCGCGUGGCUUAUAAGUGACGUCACAUCAUACAGCACAAGGGAUAUCUCUUCAAUCCCUCCUGGUGUGAUUAUGGUUAAGGCAAAGGAACCCGAGAUCAGACAUGACUAUGAGCAGUAUAUAAACGCACUGUAUGAUUCAUUUGCCCUAUUUGAAACUGUUUUUAAACGAUCUUUGGUAAGCCUUGGGAAAGACGGAACACAAACUCUCCUCGCUUCAGGGAAUAUGUCGAAAUGCUUGCAGAAAAACAUAAUAAUGUGAGUGGUGAAAAUUUUAAUUUUCUGCAGUUGAAUUCUACGGUGGGUCAUAGGGACAAAACGGUUCCCAGAAUCCAAAACCGUGUCAAGAAUCCCUUAAUACACCCCAGAACACAUUAACACAAUCCAGAAUCCAGUUACACAACCCGGCAUCCAAAAACACUUUCCAGAAUGGGCGUGUUUUUGGACUUUAGGGAGUGCUUUUUCAUUCUAAGAAGUGUUUUUGAAUUCUUGGAAGUGUUUUUAGAUUCUGGGAUGUGUUUUCUUUAGUAAAAACUCGUCCCCGUAGUCGCUCUCGACCUUGAAACUAAAGGUCCCGAUUAUAGCUUCCUCACGAAUAGUCUCUAGAGAAAUAAAAACCAUAAUCCUGUGAGUAGAGGUUUCUUUCUUGCAUGGCUUUUAGCGUUUACGAAGUCAUUCGCUUGGUUUGUCUGUUGCGUUGUUGGUUUGUUUACGCCGCAGGGUAUAAUACCAUCAAUAGGCAUUAUAACAAACGAAAUUAACUUUUUACUUCAGAUAUUUUUCUGUUAACGGUAAUUAGUAGAAUCUUUCGUAUAAACGAGGCCCCAAUAUUAUAGGCAUUAAGCUCUGUAAAAUUUACUUGCCUUCUAAUUCGCACAGGUACUUACAGGAAACUUACAUCGAAGGGAAAAGUUCUUUAUUUAAAGAGCAUCACUUACAAGAUCCUCUUGGCUCAGUCUUUACCAUAUUAAACCUUAAAAGAGAUCUUAGUGGUGAAAAGCACUGGUCUCAAGUGGGCUUGGUCACCCCUUCAGGCCUCGCUUUGGAGCCAAUGAUGGACCUCGAUGGAAAUACCUUGUUUCCGCUCCUUCAUCCAAAGCGUCCUAUUCUCCGAGUCCCUGUUGUUAUAUGGCCCCCACUGGUGCAAGCAAAGGCCCCUGCGAUGCCUAAGAGCCAACGACCAUGCUUAGGAAGAGCACUUCCAUGUUACAGUUACAGUAGUGUCACGAAUUCAAGCCAGCAGAUAAAGCAACUUCUCUGCUGUUUUGGAGCAUCGAUAGAUUUUUUGCAAUCCUUGCAAAAAGAUCUCGUAUUUGACGCUGAAAUUUAUGUCAGUUCUGACGGUCUAUACGGCAAGUUCGAUGCAAGUAAAAACAAUUGGACCGGGAUCGUGGGAGAAAUUAUUUCCGGUAAAGCAGAUUUAGCCCUUGACUUGUCGAUAACCAUGAAUCGUUCACAGUAUAUCAACAUGAUAUAUCCAAACAUAGCAACGGCACUCAAUAUCUUGGUCCAAAAGGAGUUCUCCCAUGGAAAAUCAGGUAAAUUGAAAGCCAUCAGUAAAUUCGUCUUCAGUGUGAGUUCAACUGCUACAAAGAAGCUGUCCAUUAGCAUCUAAAACUGGAUAUUUAACAAUUAAUGAAUGAGGCUGAACAUCUUAUAUAUACGAUAAGAAAGCCGAAUUCAAUAAUUCUUAUAUUGUUCAUUCAAAAUGUAUCUAUUAUUCAUUCAAAACCAUCGAUGUUAAAGUUCAUCUUUGAUAGUGCACGUUUAGGGUUGCUCAGCUCCGCAAAUAUUCUCCAAAUAGCAGAUGUCACCCUUUGAGUUGUCUUCUUGCUGUUCUUGCCAUGUUUUCAGCUAUUAUUUCGCCUAGUUCUUAUUCUUCAAUUGAAAAGAGUGAAAUGUCCGCCAUUUUUGUUUUACAACCAAAACAACAAAACCUCGUCCCCAGGUCUUCUCGGUUAACGGUGCAUUAACCUACAAAAAAGCUGCACUUUUGACGUCAUCGGUUCAUUGAUCGCAAAAUUCUUCCAAAUUUGGUCAUCAGUAGCUGGUUAUGGUGAAUUUUGCAUGUGGUUUUAGCCAAUCAGAAUCGGGAAAAUAUUUUGAAUGGAUAAUAAUGCAUAUUAACCAGCAUUACUGACAAUGCAUUACCCUUGCGCCUCAACAACAGUAAUAUAGUAGGAUACAGUUAGACCAUUUUUGCGGAGGAAUACGCAAAACACGCAGAACACGAAUUAAGGUAGCUCCAAGAAAAGGUGACGUGACGCUCUAAGCUCCGAAGCGGUCCCUGCUAUUCUACUAACAAGUGAUUCCCCGAAAAACAUUCAAACUAUGUUAAAUGUUCUCCACCCGUCAUUGACUGUGAAUAUACCUAAAUGGAAAAAUCGUCUAUUGGUCGGAGUAGUCCAACAGGGCUUUAAUGUCACUGGUCAAGCUUCAAAAAUUUUACAAACCUAUUAACAAAACAUAUAACAAUGAAAUGUGCCAGCUCCAUAAUUGUUGUAUUAAAUUAAACCCAUCACAUAAUUAUAAAUGUUGAGUGCAUUUAAAUCUCUUAUUUACCAGUCAGCUUAUGGUUCUCUUGGCUCAAGCCUUUCAAAGUGGAUCUGUGGAUAGCUAUCCUAGUCACGUGUAACCUGGUCUUGUUUGUGGUCUGGUGGCUGGAUAGGAAAAGUCCUAAAGGAUAUUACCACAUUCUCAAGGACAGUGACGAAGAUGCAUUUACAUUAUUGGGUAAGUGGGUUAUCGAUUCACUUUGUCAUUGAUCGCGACGCUUCAAGCGACGCUUUUCUUUGCAUGUUUAACUCUUGCUGAUACUUUUAGGAUGUAUAGCUCUAGUGUUUUGAUUCCAUAGAAAUUAUAAGUCAUUUCUUCAGCUGUAGUCUACUUAAAGGAUCGCUCACCACUUUCGUUUCUGGGAGGGGAGUAAGGUUUGUGGCGCACUAAUGGCGAAAGCCUUCUUACAAUGUGCAGGGAUUUGUUUCUCUGGGGUCAAAACAUAUCGGGGAGGAGGUUUUGAUGGCGUGGGUGGGUAAAGAAACGGUCCCAAGAGAAGGGAGCAAUGGCCCUAAGUUUCGUGAGGAGGGAGAAAUCGGUACAAAUUGUAUUGAGGAGGCGAACAGUGAAAUUAAAUGCAGGUCACUGACAUACUGUGAGUAUUUUGGAUGUAACGGGUAAUGACUGAAUUCCACAUUUUAACGAGAAGGGAAAAGUAGGGAUGAGGGAGAAAUUGGCUAAGCUAGAAAGAAGAUUUACUCCACUGUUUCACUCCCUUAUUGGUAGUUUUCUCAUUCCAGAUUUUUUCUGAGUUCACAAGUUUUGCCAUUUUUUUUAAAAAAGCACAUGUUUCGAAAAUCCAGUGCACGAUCACACAUCAAACAAAAGUUCUUGACAGUUGCUAAGUGUUUUGCGGGUGGGCAAACUUCCUUUGGGUUCAUCAUAUGUUUGUACACAGACAUUUUCAUUGACGUAAACUCAAGACAUUUUAUCGUAAUUAUUAUGAAAAAAUCCAUGAAAGGCCAAGACUGACUUCACUGAUUUUGCGAGAAUGCAAAACAAUGCUUUGCCCAGAACAAUACUUUACAUUGUUUUAUGUUCUGUUUCUUUCCAGACUCCAUGAGUUAUGUAUGGGGCGUUGCCUUUAGCAAAGAUAUAGGUGCUGAGAAGUCCCCACGCAGCAAUAGUGCCCGCUUUGUAUCAGCGGUUUACGCGUUUUUGGCUUUGAUUAUGGUAAAUACGUACUGCGCAAAUCUGAUGGCUUUCUUAGUCCAGGAAUCUCCAAUCCUACCAAUCAGUGGUAUAAGGGAUGAGAAGGUACAUACAUACUCUGUUUACAGGAAGCCAUUACGACUCCUGAAGGAGGAUCGUGAGGUUAUCCCAAUAUUAAAAUCUCUCCUGACGGAGAACCUUCCCACACUAGAAAAGGCUGAUCGCACCACAGGAAUCAACGCCCUCUACUCUUUUCGACUAGUGGUGUAGGUUCUUUUACUUUCCACAAGGACCAGAUAAGUGAAAGUGCUGUGUGACGUGACCCACGAUUUUUCGUCCUUAUUCGACCAGACUGGCGCGCUCCCAACUGAGCUAACUAGGCGGCGAUGUGUAUCUACUGCUCACAGCUGCUUACAAUCGCCUCCCAGAGCCUCCUGAAAUGAAGCAUCUUGAAGGCUCACGCCAGUUGAGAGGAACCCAAAGCUCUGAGAACGAGAAUAAAUUACGAGCACUGAAAACAAAGUGAAUGGUCCCAAGGACGGUUCAUGACAGCUAGUAGGGAGCUUUAAUAAGCAAAGACGACGGCGACGGCAAUGAGAACGGCAAAAAAGCAAUCGGUUUAGAUCAGCAAAACAACAACUUUGCACGCGAAUCACGUUUUUUUGUGCUUUUCUUUGCCGUCUUUGCACGACUGCGACGUGAAACUUUUUAAUUUCACGCUUUAUGGAGGGCGUAAACAUAUAGCAUCAGUUUUUGUCUUUUAUUUUUCUGCCCUUUAGAUACAGUCCUUGGAUUUAACUCCAGAAAUAUUCACCUACAUUUGAUAAAUUAAAGGACAUGGAACAACACCGCGAAUUCACUUUAACUCCUCUGCCGUUAGGGGUACACUUUCCUCUAGAUCUUAGGCGUAGGCGUAGGCGUCCACAGAUGUCGCGAACUUUUCCAAAAUGUCAGUCUAUCUAGCCUGCGCGCAGACGAAAUUAAACUCUGGUUAACUCCGUCUGCGAAACAGCGCCGAAAUCCUUGUUCUGGACUUCCAGCUGUGUACCCAGAUUUGAGUACGCAACACGAUUGGCCAGUUAAAAAAGACCUUUGUUUUGUUUGUCGCAAGACUGAUAAUAGCCAAACAGGUUGAAGGGAAAUUCGAAACGCACUUCCGGUAAUUCGUUGAGUCGGUUGGGGGUCCAGAACAAGGAUCUCUGCGCUGCUUCGCAGACGGUACUAAUCAGAGUUUAGUUAUCGUCUGCACUCAGGCUACAGUCUAUCACGAGAGCAAAAACUGAAAUAUGACUAGCACCCAAUAUCAGGGGCGUUGUCUGUUAAACUGUACUGACUUUAUAACAUUUGUUCUUCUGAACAGCUGCGGGAGAAGUCGCUUUAUCCACCAGAUGGUUUUAAACUUGGCAUCACUCGAGGUACCAGUGACGAAGCCUACUUCAAGAAUCACGUGGAAGAAGAGUUCAGAAAGAUUUACCAAGUCAAUCUGAAGAUACAUCUGUUUGAUAGCUUUCAGGAAGGCAUCGAUCAACUUACGCACAAGUUAGUAGCAUUAACACACCACAUAAUAACUGUCUUGAGUUUGAAGGCGACUCAGUUAUGUCUUUGAAGGCCAAAAAAAAAAAACGUUGAAAAUUAAAAUGUGAAGGGAAAAAUUAGCAGACAAUUAGGUAAGAAAUAUCCGCUUAUAAAACGUGCCUAUGGUUAGAACUGUAACCACUGAGUUUUCAGUGACACAAUCCAUUUGUUAGGCUGUUCAAAAAGUGUUGUCCUUCUUCUUUCAGCAAGAUUCACGGAGUUAUUGGUGACUACCACUCUUUACAACAAGCUGGGAACGCAGACCCGGACUGCCGUUACAGCCUGGCUGGGAAGAACUUUUAUAAAUACGGCCACGGGUUUGCAUUCCGUAAAGGAUCGCCUUGGACUGAGGAAGCUACUCUAUCGGUAUUGAAAAACCAGGAAAAUGGCAGUUUACAAGGGAUCAUAGACUACUGGUUCAACAAGAAAGACUGUAAUGCAAUACCGGUGAAGAAAUUAUCGUUUGAAAAGUUUGUUGGUUUGUUUCUACUGAUUGCAGGGGUGAUUGGCUUCUGUUUUAUUGCUCUUAUAUCAGAAAUGUUAAUUAUUUUUCUUUUGAUAAAGUUUGGAAGACAUUUGGGUCCGUUAGGGAAGUUUUUGAAGCGAAUGAUUUUUAGCGUUCGCAAGGGCGAAGAAAACGAAAUUCGCAUCAAAUGGUUGCAAUUGUAUAAACGACGCAAGAGCAUGAGACCAAAUGAAUCUCAAAGGACUGUUGCUAGCGAAGGUUCGUUUCGGAGGGCUAGCUUUUAUAAUCUUAGCUUUGACUACUACGGUGAAACGAUGGACACAAACUGGAACGAUCAACAGUCACUGAAUCUAGGCCAAUGUCAAAUGCUGGACACUGAGAAAGUUUCAGGUGAAAAUGGAAACAUUUCAGAACCAAACAGUAUAACCGCGAACAUUAGCGACGACAAACUGCGUUCACGUGACAGGACUAGAGUCUCCAACCAAAUUUCAAAACUUUAA